UCGAAUUGCCACUACCGUAUCCCGAAGUGUGGUCCCAAACAGUCACCUAUGUCUACACGGGACAAGGGGACUUGACGGAUGCAGUCAAAGAAAACAUCCUCUACCUCGCAGGAAAGGUUUAACGCCCACGUCUUGGCCUCGUGCUUGAUUAACGACUUAUGACUCUUAUUUCUUUCUUCUCUUCCACUUGGCCGCCUUUUCCCAACGAAUGCAGCACUCUGUAUACCUUGCUCAUUCCAUGAUCAUGCGCUUUAUUGGGGGGGAUAGCGAUCGUUGUGGGCCGUUUGCCUUGUUGUUCUUCUGUUCUUCAACACUCCUUUGUCCUCUUCUCUUGAGGACACCCUGUUCACUAUACAACUUUGGCAUCUAUGCCCACAUCAUGACUUUAUGUAGUUUAAUGAAUUUCUUUUUACAACACAGAGAGAACAGAUUUACUGUCCAUGACUAUCAAAGACAUGUUACCAUUGGGUGUUUUCCAACUGAGUGAUAUGUUCUGUCUGUGCUCAUGGUACCUCAAGAGCCGCGCGCCUC